AUGGACGACGCAUUGAACGGCGGCGCCUUCAGGCACUACAACACCGACGCCCCUGAGGCGAAGCUGGUGAUGCCGCUCUUCUCUCUGAAGGGCAAGACCGCCAUUAUCAGCGGAGCAGGGGCUGGCAUCGGUCUGGCUGUGGCUCGUGGAUAUGCCGAGGCCGGUGCCAACGUGGCCAUCUGGUAUCACAGCAACAAGAAAGCCCCCGAGCGAGCUGCAGAGAUCGAAAAGGAGUUUGGAGUGAAAUGCAAAGCAUAUCAAGUCGACGUGAGGGACGCCAAAGCCGUCGACGAGGCUAUCGUCUCCCAAGUCAAAGAAUUCAAUAACCGCCUGGAUAUCUUCGUGGCUAAUGCGGGCAUUCCCUGGAUUCAGGGGCCCGCCACCGACGGCGAGCUGGACCACUACCAAAAUGUCAUCAAAAUCGACGUCGACGGCGUCUUCUACUGUGCGAGAACCGCCGGGCGAAUCUGGCGCGAACAGAAGAAGAACAAGUUGGAAGGUUUCAACUACGGCAAAUUCAUCGCCACCGCCAGCAUGAGCGGCCAUAUCGCCAACUUCCCUCAAUUGCAGACGGCGUACAACGCCGCCAAAGCUGCUGUCAAGCACAUGUGCCAGAGUCUAGCUAUCGAAUGGGUCCAGUUUGCCCGUGCCAACAGCAUCAGUCCUGGCUACAUCGCCACCGAGAUCAGCAACUUUGUUCCCCCCGCGACCAAGAACAUCUGGCGAGACAAGAUCCCAAUGGGUCGUGAAGGCUUGCCGAUCGAGCUGGUUGGUGCCUAUCUGUAUCUGGCGAGUGAUGCAAGCUCGUACACCACUGGCACCGACAUCAUUGUUGAUGGUGGUUAUUGCGCUCCUUGA